UGGAUGUGUCGUCGGUGCCUUACUACACAACAGCUAACUCUGUAUGUUAAUGUGGACGUGAUUUCACCGCGCAGUGGUUGAAUGGCCAAUAGCUAUAGCCUGGACAACAGUCACAGGAUACAAAAAAGUCCAUAUAGCCCUACUAUUAUUUUAUAUUUUUUGUUAAUUUGUGGGACCACAACACAAUGUUCCAACCGCAGUUAGCCAGCUUCAACGUGAUCAGCGAUUUCCUGAUUCGGGUUUCUCUUUAAGGGGGCUGGGCUCAAUGCUGGGAAUUCACGUCAUUUCGCCCGUUUACACAUCCAAAUCAAUGAGCACGGACGGAGAGAUGUCCGUCUUUUAGUUCUGUCUUCCAGGAAGGAAUUAACCUACGCGUUGCCGAAAUGUAACGAGCACCGACAGGAAAACAAAAGAAGUUUCGCGUGUUUAUGACAAACGUGGUCGUACUAUGGAUACAUAACAAAUCCUUUAACUUCUCGAUUACGCAGCGCUUAAUCCUCGCCAGGCAAAGGUGUCGGGUGUGGAUUGAUUGUCUGGUUUAUUUCAAAGAGGAGAAAGGAAAAAGGAAAGUGCGAGGAAGACAACUAUCUGAACACAGCGAGAAAUGUCCGAAUCCCCGUCAAUCCCAAUAAAGCAGGAGAGGAGCUCCUUCAGUCCUUCCGCGAGCCCCCUGCCAAACUCCACUUCCUCCCCUGUCCAUGCUCCCGCAGCGAGGACAGCCAGCAGAAUGGAGGACGAGCCUGCCAGACUGCCCGCGCACCUGCGCCUUCAGCCAGUGUUCUGGAACAGAGAGGACGUUAGCCAAUGGCUACGCUGGGCCGAGAGGGAGUUUGCCUUGCGGCCAAUCAACAGCGGCUCCUUCCAGAUGAACGGCAAAGCCCUGCUGCUGCUCACCAAGGAGGACUUCCGUUACCGGUCUCCCCACUCCGGGGACGUCCUGUACGAGCUCCUGCAGCACAUCCUGAAACAGAGGAAGCCUCACGUCUCCUACCCCCCCGCCUACUUCCCAGGGAACUCCUUCCACUCACUGACAGAGGGAGCUCUUCAGCAACAGAAACUUGAAGAAACGGUACGACGGGCCCCGCGCGGCACGGAGCCCCUCCCCCAGCACCCGCCCACCAUCGAGCUCCGACACCGGUCCCGCUCGCCGCUGGCCCCCGCCCUCCGACGCUCGCCUCCGGAGCACGCUCACCAGCGCCCCGCCCCCGAGGACCCCCUCCACCCCCUCCAGGCGUCCUCCCAGCUUCCCGACAGCAAUCACCACCUGCCCGAGGACCUCUACCCCCUCUCCGUGUCUCCGGCCGCCCCCAACGGGCGCUGCGCCACCCCCCGCGAAGCCCCCUGCCCGGGCAGCCCCGGCGCCCAGGACGGCCCCCCGCCCCGGGUCAUCCAGCUCAUGCCCAGCGCCAUCAUGCACCCCCUGCUGCUCAGCCCGGGGCGAGGAGGUGGGGCGGGGGACUACCGACAUGGGCGAGGCGGGCCCCCUCCCCAGCUUCCGCAUGAGAACGGGCGGGAGGGGAAAGGUCUUCCGCACCACCAGAUCUCCCUGGUGCACCAGCAGCAGCAGCAUAACCUCGGCCACCAGGAGGAGCUGUUCAGGAACCACCACGUCAUCGUGCCCAUCUCCCCACCGGAGGAGCAGGCCAUGCCCAUUGGACGGAUAGCAGACUGCCGGCUGUUGUGGGACUAUGUCUACCAGCUCCUCUCAGACACACGGUACGAGAACUACAUCCGCUGGGAGGACCCAGAGACCAAAGUCUUCCGUAUCAUGGACCCCAAUGGCCUGGCUCGGCUCUGGGGCAACCACAAGAAUAGGACCAAUAUGACCUAUGAGAAGAUGUCUCGAGCACUGAGGCACUACUACAAACUGAACAUCAUCAGGAAAGAGCCUGGGCAGAGACUGCUCUUCAGGUUCAUGAAAACCCCAGACGAGAUUAUGAGUGGACAAACUGACAGGCUGGAAAACUUGGAGUCUGACACGGACGAUCAAAUCUAUAUCAAAGAAGAAUGCUGAGGGAUUCUGGGUAAAGAAGUCCACCUGAUUAAAACUACUGCAGCCGCUGAUGCCUUCCAGAAGCAGCUCGAACAAUCCUUUUCCAACCAAGAGAGCCUGGAUCUGUCCUCUGUCCUAUACCCAGGGAGGCCCCUUGGGGAUUACCCCUUUCAAGAUUGCCUUUAAGACUUUAUAAGAUUUUAUUCUCCUGCCAAAUGUUUUUUUUUUUUGAGGAGCAAAUAUAUCUUGUCUUUUACAAGACAUUUGAAACACAUUCCUGUUUGCCCUCCCUCCCUUCCAAUAAACAGCCAAUCCAAUCAC